AUGCCAUAUAUAUUGAAGUCACCACGUAUUGCAGCAGCGCGACCACUGCGAACCUCCCUCAUCCCACGUCAAGCUACCCUCAUCCCACAGAGAUGUGCCAGUCAGUCUGCUGCCUCCAGCGGACCAGCUUAUCCAGCUUAUCCACAGACGAAGACCGAUAUUGAAGACCCCGGCAUGAACGGAGGAUAUAUCAACCCCCCCAGAGUUAAGCGUCAAUUUCGUGACCCUCAUGCCGAUUGGUGGGAUAAGCAAGAGAGAAGAAACUAUGGAGAGCCAGUUCAUGAAGACAAUGAUAUUUUGGGCAUGUUCUCACCAGAAGAAUACACACAUCAAAAGCCAGGAACGGCUGCGCUUCAAUUGGGCGUUUUUGUUUUAUCUGUAUUUGGACUUUGCACAGUCGUGGGCAUGAUGUACCCAGAUAAGCAAUCUGUCCCAAGAGAGUUUGAGGGUGGACUUGAGAGAGAAUUGGGUGGCCCAACUGCAGUCAGAGCUAGAGCUGCUGGAGAUCCAUUGUAA